AUGGGGAGGGAAAUCAUCAGUAUCUCCGUCGGUCAAGCCGGAAACCAAAUAGGAUCGGCGUUCUGGGAUAACAUCCUGCAGGAACAUGGUCUGGACAACACCGGGAAGUACAUCGGCUCGGACAGACAACAGCUAGACAAAGUCGAUGUUUACUUCAACGAAGCCGGCAAUGGGAAGUACGUCCCCCGGUCCGUCCAGGUCGAUCUCGAACCUGGAGUGCUCGAUAUCAUGCGUUCAGGACCCAUGUCCAAGCUUUUCCGACCCGACACAUUCGUACACGCCGAGAGCGGCGCCGGGAACAACUGGGCGAAGGGGUACUACACCGAAGGCGCAGAGCUGGUGGACAGCGUGAUGGAUGUGGUUCGGAACCAGGCGGAAGGCGCGGAUAGCCUCCAGGGGUUCCAGUUUCAGCACUCGCUGGGAGGAGGAACUGGUUCUGGCUUGGGCGUACUGCUGCUCAACAAGGUCAGGGAGGAGUACCCCGACCGGAUGCUGGCGACGUUCUCGGUCUACCCGUCGCCCAAGGUCUCGGAGACUGUUGUCGAGCCUUACAACAUGUGCUUGGCCACACAUCAGCUCAUCGAGUCGAGCGACAUCACGACUUGUCUGGACAACGAAGCUCUGUACGAUAUCUGCGUAACAGGCUUGAAGCAGAAGGAGCCGUCAUACAAGGACUUGAACUUGCUCAUCGCUCGCGUCAUGUCCGGCUUCACCUCCACCCUACGGUUCCCCGGACAACUGAACUCUGAUCUCCGGAAGUUGGCCGUGAACAUGAUCCCCUUCACUCGUCUCCACUUCUUCACUGCCGGGUACGCUCCGCUCGUCGCCAACGCCAGUCGGCAAUACACCGGAACCUCCGUUGCGGACCUUACCGCUGCCGUCUUCCAGAAGAAGUCACUCUUGGCUGCUAUCGAUCCAGCGCUCGGCAAGUACCUGACUGUAUCUGUCGCGUACAGAGGCAAGCACUUGAGCAUGCGAGACAUCGAAACUGCGGUAUACGACUUCCACAACAAGAAUUCCGCCUACUUUGUGCCCUGGAUCCCCAACUCCUCGCUCACUUCGUUGUGCUCUGUACCACCUGUUGGGCAAACUUCCGCUUGUACUCUAGUUGCCAACACGACUGCUAUCUCCGGCGAGCUAAGAGAUGGAAACUAUGAGGUGUUCAAGCGGUCUCACGCCCAGUUCCGGUCGCUCUUCCGCCGCAAGGCCUUCUUGCACUGGUACACCGGCGAAGGGAUGGACGAGAUGGAGUUCACCGAGGCCGAGGGCAACUUGGCGGAUCUCUGCAACGAGUACGACUCAUACGCUUCUGCGGACAUCGACGACGGGGAGGAGUAUGCCGAGGAGGUCGGUGUGGCCGAGGGCGAGUCUUACACCGAAGAAUGA